UCCCCACCCCUCCUACCUUUCCAGUUCCAAACUGCCCCCCCUUCUUGAAGUUCUGUGCGGGUCGGGUUACAUCUCCAACCUCCGGUGUUAUUUUCCAAGCACCUUUGAAGAACAGCGAGAGAAAAAAAAGGACAGAAAUCCAGAAUCAGCAUUUUACAGUAAACGCGAUUAACUCCGCCGUACCUGAUCUUAACUCCACCGAGUACCUGGAUAAACACACCAGCGUCCCCUACCCGCACACUUACCCGGGUCAGACGCACGGAGGACGGGAGGCGAGAUGCGGUGGGAGUCGGUGUCUGGAACCUCGCUAAUUCGGUUGAUUUUUUUAGUCCUGGAAGAAGUUGGCCAAGUGGUCGGGGCGAGACAGACGAUACACUGGAACAGCACCAAUCCGACGUUGCGGAGAGGGGACUAUGCAGUUCAGGUGCAUAUCAAUGACUAUCUAGAUGUGUUCUGUCCUCACUACCCCGACUCUGUCCCCGAGACGCAGACAGAAUCCUUUGCGCUCUACCUGGUCAGUUUCGAGGGGUACCAGGGCUGUUUCGAGACCCCCGGGGCGGUCAAACGCUGGGAGUGUAACCGCCCCCACGCCCCCUUCGGCCCGGUCCGCUUCUCCGAGAAGAUCCAGCUCUACACCCCCUUCUCACUCGGGUUCGAGUUCCGGCAGGGGCAGGACUACUACUACAUCUCUCUGCCGCUUGAGGACAGUCCCACAGCCAGCCCCUGCCUGCGUCUCCGUCUCUCAGUGUGUUGUGAAACAACUGCAGGAUCACAAGUGGAAGUUCCAGCAGGGACCACGGCCCCCCAGAGUGGAGUCUCCUCCCUGCUCCAGAGUCCCGAGACCCUCCUCGCUCUGUCCCUACUGAGCGUGUGCGUCUCCCUGCUCCUCCCCCUCCCCCUCAGAGACUGAAGCAAACCCAACGACGACAAACACAAACCGGACAGCACUUUAGAGAAGGGUGACAGACAGACGAAUAGUUUUCCAGCAAAGCCAGGGUCUAGCACACUGUCUGUAUCCCUAUACAUUUUAUAAGGCUUUUUUCAGUGCAAAGUAUUUGAUCACACAAAGGGACAGGCAAGUCCUUUCUGUCUUCAGCCAAAAAAAAAACAAAAACGAACAAACAGAAAAUAUCCAGCUGUUCUCUUUUAGGAGAGAAUUCUAAUGACGGACCACAAAUUCCUGAUUCACUGCACGCUGGCACGCACGCACACUGACACGCACGCGCGCACUGACCCGCGCACACACACACACACACACACACACACACAGCUGUGUCUAAAUGCUUCUCCACUGAAACAUGUAUUUUCUUUUUACUUAUCGUUUUUUUAUUGUCGGUUUAAUCUGGUCAAGUUUUAAUUGCUGUUCCUCUGUUUGGUUUUAUCAUACUUUCCCAAUCUCCUGGGAAUAGGACUGACGCGCACACACGCACACACACACACACACAGCUGCACAGAGUUAACACCAGUCCCUUCAGACACAAACGCAUCAUUACUGAGCUGUGUGAGUGAAUGCGAGAGGAGACUUCCACUGCUGGGGAAGAAGAGAAACACACUGAGGCGCACACACACGCACACACACACACACACACACACACACAGGGACUGAUAGAGAGGGAGAAACACACACUAACUCAGUCACACAGACACAG